GGGCAGGCUUGGCGUCUGUGUAACGCAAAUACAACAAUAUAUCAGAAAACAUACAAUAAUUUUCGCACAGUUUUAAAUUUUAAGCUCUUUUAAUUGCAACAAAAUCAAAAAAAAAAACGAAGGAAAAAUGGACAAAAAGGAGACAAAACUGUCGGCGGAUGAGCGCCAAAAUUUCGUUGCAACUCGCAUGAGUUUGCCGCUCUUUAUGUUAUCUCGCAAUCGCAUACGUGAGGAUCACUUGGAUAACGUCCAGAAACAAUUCAAGCUGGCCGGCGGGCACUACAAUACCCACUGCCAACAAGAGAACCGAGGAGAGGAGUUUAGUGCCGCGACCUAUGCACAUUAUAGACAUGUGACGGGCUUUGAAAAGACGCCCGUGACUCCAUAUCCGGAAAAACGUCCGUUGCGCUACGAUCGGGCUAUGACCACUUGGCGUGGAUACCAACAGGCUCCGAAUCGAUACGGCGUGCUGCCUGUACCGUUUCUGAGUCGGAUGGGCUCCAAGGGCUCCGCAUUUGCCAAAAUGCAUACCAACAAAAGUCGGGUGUCGAUCAAGCCGCCCCCGUCCCACUUCUACGAGCUGCCAGCGGAAAUCGAACGAUUUUUAAAGCCGGAGAACAAGCAAAAGGGCAUCUUUUUAACAAAUGCACGUGAGCGCCGUCCUUCGUCGCGCCUGAUGACAUCUGAUUUGACUUGCUGCUGGCGCAAUCCGAAUGAUCCCGGUCCCACCGAUACUCACACCAGUUACUAUGAGAUUGAGUCAAACAUGGCGCCCCUUACGAAGACACAUCUCGACAAUCCGCACUUGUUUCUGCGACUCUCCUGUGUGCCAACAAAGCGAAACGUUCGCAUUCAUCGUAACAUUGGUUUUGAGCCGGGUCCAGGACGCUAUGAUAUACGCUAUCCGAACGUGUGUGCCUGUGAGAGGGGCAAGAAGACCACGCCCCGCCUGACACUAAAUAUUGAGAUGCAGAAGCGGUACAAGUUCCGGCGUUUGCCCUACAAGCGCAUCAAUACUCGAAAGUAUUGUGAGCCCGACUGGCGCCAUGUAAUUGGCCAUGGACACAGGCAUAUCUUCCAGAUGGGCAAGCACGAUUUGCCCAAGCCAAUUGGCAAGAAGAUAGUCAAAGGCAAGAAGGCGGAGAAGCAAUUGAAAAUGUUUGCCGAUGGCAAAUACCUAAAUAUGCUGGUCAAUCCAAGGCGUUUUCCAAUUUCCACCCGAGACUUUCCAGUGUCCCCCUAUGUGCCACGCAUAGUCUAUAACUGCAUAGCCAAGCGUAUUGUACGCAAACAGCUGCGGAAUAACAAAAAAAUUGCCUUCUUAAGUGGCCAGGAGCGCUGGAAGGAUGGCGUACGUCCGCUGCAGCUGACCACACGCCAGCUGGAGGCCAUCAAGGAACGUUUGCCCGAAGACCGGCGUCUAGCUGAUCAUCCAAUCGAGCUACGUGCUUCAAAGAUGGUGAGCAGGCUCCACCAUGUGCCAGAUCACAUGAAGACCACCUACAUGCCGAAGCUGCGCAAGCGCCUAUUCAAAUUUCUACCCAUACCUGGCGCUCGGGUGCUGGUCACAGACAGCGACAUACGUCCGGAUUUGCCAUUCGAUCGAGAAAAUCCGACCGGCAUGUACAAUGUUAAGAUAGACGAAACGAAAUUCUAUCGGGAUUCGGUUUUACUUGAUAUGGCGCAACAAAGUUUGGGUCUUAACCCCGAACAGACCGAAGGAAAAGUUGUGGAGCCGUCCCUUAGUGGAGGAAGCAUCGCUGCCUCAAUCGCCUCUAGGGCGAGUAUGAUGUCCAUGUCCAAAAUGACGGCCAGCAGGCUGUCACUUGCUCGCUCCGGGAGCAGAGCAACUGUGACAAUGCGUCCUUCCCUCGAUUAAUGUG